GUGUUCGAUGUUAUUACCGACUUUGUCACCACUAAUAUUUCUAGUCGAUCAGCUUUCGCGAUGGUGGGCGGAUGUUGUAGCUUCGUGGUCGUGCCGCUGCUGGCCUUCUUGGUGGCCACCGGCUUCGUAAAGGUGGACAUCACUCCGCUUUGCUUCGCAGCGGGGAAGCUUUUACCGACCUACGUGCCUCAAGUGGAUGGAAAGGCUUUGGUAGUUCCCAAUCGUGAGAUUCGGGACUUCUUAAAGAGGACUGGCUUGAAGGGUGGAGCAGAAGCUGCAGGUCCUUUGCAGGGUGUCUAUAUGUUCGACCAAAUGGGGCCUAUGGCAUGGAUUGACUUCUCCUACGCCACCUGGAACCCUUCAAUCGAAGCUGCUGACUUCAGCAUGGACACCGUCACGGCGCAAUCUGGUGUCCCAGCGCCGGAGUUUGGUGGCAUUGGCCCAUUCAUACCCGGUGGCUACCUCCUACCCGUCCCUGAGAAGGGGCAGUACAAGGUUCGCUUCUACUGCCCGGCCAAGAUGAAAGACGGAGACCACUGCAAGGUGGUGGAGUCCCUUUUUGGCCAGCCCUACCCGAAUAAAGAUGAGGUCGGGCUAAUGCUCUGGCACAUGACCCGGUACGAUGGUGGCCGCAAGUAUGUAAGAGACACCUGGCUGGUUCCCCCGUGGACGACAGCGGAUGAUUCAUACAGCAAAGCGCAUGGGAAGUUUCACAGCUACAAUCUCUUUGUUCUGAUGCAUGCUAAUGGGACCAUCGACGAGGAGCACUUCAGCCGCUUCAUGGAGAAGUUGGAUGGUCUCUAUGUGAUCAAGUCAACUAUGCAGGUUCUGGUUUGCAUGUCCGGCGACUUCGUUGGCCCGUCCUUGACAUCAUCCUUCUCCAAGGGUGCUCACAUCAUCGAUGCCAUGAAUGCCGUUGGCGUCGACUACGCCACCUUUGGCAACCAUGAGUUCGACUACGGCUACCAGUCGCUGGUAAACCGCUUGCAGGGCUUCGAUGAUGAUGCCCAGGCAGGCGAUGGCAACGAGGAGGUUGACUAUCCAAAGUCAUCGGCCACCUGGCUCAUGACCAACAUGAGCGAGGGCAAGACUGGCCACCCUGUAGGCGGCCCUGAGACCAAGCGCUGCGAUAUCACCGAGGUCAACGGUGUCAGGGUCGGUCUCAUUGGCCUCUCCGAGGACUAUAUCGAGACUGGCCGCGAGUAUGCCCAGAAGCUGAAACGAGAGGGUGCAGAGGUAGUGGUGGCUCUCACGCACAACCGUUUCGACAAUGACAAGAAGCUGACUGCUGAAGUGCCGGAAAUCGAUCUGCUGCUUGGUGGCCACGACCACUUCUACAAACGUGCGGACAAGAAGCACCGUGUGGUGAAGUCCGGGGAGGAGUGGCGGUGGCUGACGCACACCAUCCUCCAUGUGGGUAAGAAACUGGAAAAGAUGUCCGUGGAGCGCUAUGACGUAGACUCAGAUGUGGAUUGCGAUCCGAGCAUCCAAGAGUUGGUUGACAAGUACACCAGGAUUCGUGAUAACAAGUUCAUGAAGGUCAUCUGUCAGAUCAAGGCUCCUUUUGACGCCACGGAGGAGUGCUGCAGAUAUCAGGAGGGGGUGAUGACCAAUUGGAUCUGCGACGCCAUUGCUGAGGAUUACUCUGAGAAAGAUGGCCUCCAGUCUGCAGACUUCGCCAUGAUCAUGGGGCUCCACUUCGCGGGUAAACAGGUGUUCCCUGUGGGAGAUUUUACCCUCGGCAGCCUCAUGUGCGUCUUCCCUAAGCCCUGCCAGAUCGUGGUCCUCAAGCUCAAGGGCUCGGACGUCAUAAAGUCCUUGGAGCGUGGCUGCAUGUCCCUUCCAAAGGAGUGCGGGUCGCUCCACCACACGAGCGCUGCGCUGACCUACAAGAUCAAGCUGGGCAAGGGGAAGGCGGCAAACGAGGUUACAGAUGUCAAAGUGAAGGGCAAAGCCAUCCAGAAGGAUAAGCUUUACGAGGUGGCCGUGACAGACACCAUGGCCAAGGGGAAGUUUGGCUACACCUGGAUGGCUGAGGCCGAGCGCAUUGUGGACAUGGAGUCGGGGAUGCAGGUUCAGGACCUGGUGCUCAUGUACCUCAAAAGACAUCCCAAGCAGGCAGCACAUGCGCCGCUGGGGAGGAUCACAAUCUCUUGA